GCUUUAAGGAACAUGAAAUAUAGAGCUGGGCGGGAGGGGAGGCUCAGGUGGGAUGGAGACAUUUUAUCCCCACGGCGCGCCCCGCGGGGCCCGUUCCUCAGCCGAAACGAGGGGAAAUGCAGUGGAUUGAGGCGUUUUUGGUGUUUUUGGGCGCCGCUCGGCGCAGGAGCCGCCCGGGGGCCGGGCGGGCGGGCGGCAGGGGCGGAGCGCGGCGGGCGCGAUGGCGGCCGAGCUGCGGGAGGCGCUGCAGCAGCGGCUGCGGGAGCUGGGCAUCGCCACCGUCACCGCCGAGCACCCGCAGGUGUUCACUGUCGAAGAAAUGAUGCCGCACGUCCAACACAUGAAAGGAGGUCAUAGUAAAAACCUGUUUCUUAAAGACAAAAAGAAGAAAGGGUUCUGGCUGGUGACGGUCCUGCACAACAGGCAGGUCAAUUUAAACGAUCUGGCUAAAAAACUGGGUGUUGGAAGUGGAAACCUAAGAUUUGCUGAUGAAAAUGCCAUGCUGGAAAAGCUGAAAGUGGGCCAGGGCUGUGCCACGCCGCUCGCCCUCUUCUGUGACCAGGGAGAUGUGAGGCUGGUGCUGGAUGCUGCCUUGCUCCAAGGGGGCCACGAAAUGGUGUAUUUUCAUCCAAUGACAAAUUCUGCAACCAUGGGCUUAAGCCCCGACGACUUCCUGAAGUUUGUGAAGUCGACAGGCCAUGAUCCCAUCAUCGUACACUUUGAUGAAGACGUUAAGUAGAGGAUGUUCAUUUUUCU